AUGUCUCUGGUUGAUUUUGACGUGGGUGUCGCGCGAUUGCUAGGUGAUCGUGACUCGCAAAUGGAUAGAUUUGAUAUUAACCAUAACUUCUUUCAUGAUCGUGGUUACUCGUUGUUCUUGCUUUAUGAUGGUCAUGGGAAUGGACAUUACUCUAAGCAUGCUAAAAAGCAUUUAGCCGACUACAUUUUAAAUGAUCCGAGUUUCUUAAAAGUUAAUUAUCAAGAAGCCAUUGUCAAUGGAUUCAAAAAAGAAGACAAGGUAUUGCACGACCUGUACGGCAGUCAUAGGGGUGGCACUACAGCUACAGUGGCCUUAUUCUUUAAGCAGAAGAAUCAGUUUUACAUUGCUAAUGUUGGCGAUAGCACUGCAGUAUUGGGAUCAAAAAUUGGUUCGAAAUCCACGGCGAUUCAUCUUACUUAUGAUGAUAAACUUGAUAAAGUAGAUGAAAGAAUUCGACUCAAAGAUGCUCGAGCUCAAGUGAGAAAAGGUCGUGUUAUAAGAGCUGGUGUUUCAGUUAAUAUGACACGAGCUCUUGGGGACUUUGAAUUUAAAGCACCUCAAACUGAAACUGGGAAAGAUUGGCUUUCUCCUAUUCCGCACGUGUGUGCAGUCGACCUGAUCCCAUUUCAAGAUGAAUUUCUAAUUAUGGCAUCAGACGGACUCUGGAAUGUUUAUGACGAGCAGACGGUUGUUGACGCAGUGUCAGAGGGCCUUGAUCUCGGAUACGACGUUCAUCAAAUAGCUGAUGCUUUGGCUUCUGCUGCUGUAAAUGCUACAUCGAUGUCCGAUAACGUUACUCUCAUGAUUUUCAAACAAUUAUUUCCGCAAUACGAGGAAUUUGAAGAACUUCGUGGAAAAUACACCCCGAAAACGCGUGCCGAUUUGAUUUAUUGUGAUGAACCACCACACAAGUGGGUUGAUCACGAUUGGUUAUGUAAUUUACCAGAACAAGAGUUGUUUAAUGUCAUUAACACACCUGAUAUUGGAUUUGAGAUUUAUUUCAAUCGAUUGAAAGCCUUGAGCAUGAUUAAAAGUAUCUUUAGUGGAUCUGGAGCGGAUCAUGAUCUCUCUGAAGUUGAAGCCUCGGCGGAAAAACAAGUAAAAGCUAAAUUUGAUCAAUUUAAAUCAUCAGAUAAACAACAGCGAUUAGAAGAACUCUUUUUCCGUAAUGUAAAGCGCAACAAAACAAAAGGUAUAUCGGUGAAAGAAGAUAUCCGCAUCAUUAACAUUGUAAAAAAAUCAG